AUGAGCGAGGAAAUUGAUCAAUCCCAGGAAAUUUCAGAAAUCAGCCAUCACAGUGAAUCGCCUUCUGGCGAAAAUGAUACCCCAAACGCUGAAGUUUCAGAUGGUCAAGAACCAGAAGCGCCAGAAGAAGAUGACGAGUUUGGAUCGUUUGACGAGGCGUCAUUUGAUGAAUUCCAAGCGGAAGAGCCCGAGGAAGCGCCAGCUGAACCAACCAAUGCCACUUUUAGUAGUGCAGUGUUCCAAAGUGAAAGCCUAAUAGACCAGAGAGUGGAGGAGACCCUCGAUAAGAUCUUUACUAUACCAGAGCUUCUGUCACUGACAGACGACCACGAAUUGCUUCGAAACGGUGCAGGGGAAAAAUUAUCAAUGCUUUCCAAAAUCCCCCAUCUUCUGCCGCCAAAUUGGACCAGGCUGAACAUCAGACAUAGACUACUAGUCAAUCUCGGCAUUCCAAUCAACUUGGAUGAACUAGAGAAGGGCAAUGUUGCACAAAUUAGCCAUACGACUCCACAUCCACGUAAGAAAUCGAUUUCUGAACAUGAUAUCGAUUGGACAGGUUUCCAAGUGCCUGGCAUUGAGACUCUUAACCUAGACGACGAGAAGAAGAAACACCUUCUAUCACAGACAAACACUCUUCUCGACAACAUUGAAGAGUUCAAUCUUCAGAACACGUCUCAACUCUUCUUGGAAACUUCUUCAGACGAAGGGUUAGAAGAAAAACUCAACAAAAUGCGUGAUAACCACAAACAGCUACUCGAGCUCAGUUCGAUAUGGCAGGACCAAAUACGCGAGUUGAAGAACAGUCAAGAGAUGUAUGAGCUGGUGGUGCAAAAUAUGGUGGGCUACAGUCAAAGGCUCCGGCGAAACGAGAUUUUGGAAAGUCUCAGUCGUAGGAAGCUGAAGAAAGGUAAACGGUCAUUUUGA